GCAGAAGGCCCUCACCUCACAAGGAACAUGAGGCGCCUUGCCGGGCGCGCAGGCCACUCCCGGGUCACUCAGGAUUCCAAGUUCUCCCCCAAGACGCCUUCAGAUGCUGAGCGGCACAAGGGCCUCCCCAGGGACUGGUUGCAAAGCCUCCUGCUCAGCUUGGGAGGGCCACCAGCUCCCCACUGUUUACUGUUGUUCCUGAGAGAGGCCAGAGGGAGGGACCAGCCAGGGAGUGGCCAGAGGGACAGAAGGGGUGGCCUUCCUGAGGGCAGGGUGGGUGCCCCAGACCUGAGAGCGCUGCAGGACUCCCCUCCACAGGCUCAGGUGGAGCCUCCCCAGGGUCCUCCUGGCCAGGGAGGCAGAGAGCCGACUUCUUUCUUCAGCUCCCAACCCAGGCCCAGCCCACGGCGUGGGAGUGGGGGAGAGGGGGAGGAGGAGGAAGGAGGAGGAGAGAGGGAGCUUCUCUUGUCCCUGAGCAGCCCUCUCAGGGCAGAGGUGAGGCACCGGGACAUGAAGUUGGAGGACAAGUUCCCAAGCAGGGCUUCCUCGGGCUCCCCCUCGCGACGGUAAUUUGACACUUGGAUCUCCAGGACGACCAACAACAAAAAAGCCAGGCAGAGACAGCAGCGGGCUGUCAGCAGAGGAGCUGGGCUGAGGCGCCCAGGGGAGCAGCGGCGCCCACGAAGGAAGUACGAGGACAGCACGUGGAGGCUCCGCGCUGGGGCACUGCUGCUCAGCCCCCAACACCUGAGCUCCCAGGUGAGUGGCAAUGGCCACAGAAGAAGGGGGGACAGGGAGGGAGCAGCAAGGGUCCCCUGCCCCCAGGGUGAAGGGCCAGUCUACCAUAAACACGGAGAGGUCUUGGGGGACAUGCUGGGUCGCUUCCCUGCAGGGAAGUCAGCCAGCCUCCUGCACACACCUGCACUCUCCCUGCUGCUGGGACCCUGCACUAGGGGAGGGCUGGGGGCUCUGCUCAGAGCGCCUCCUGCUCCGCCUGCUGUGCAGCAGAGGGGCCCCGAGGGCCUGCUUAUUCUGCAAGUUCAUUUCAGCUCUUUUAUUCAGGGGGCUUAAAAGAGGGAUUUGGCUGUCCAGCUUGGGAAAGAAUGGCUGCCGGCCUGCUGAGCCUCCCUUUUUCCCAGGAUUAGGGCAGAGCCCUGUCGAGGUCAGCGCAGGGUCUGCCCAGCCAGCAUGCGGCGCCCCCAGGAUGCAGCAGGACUCUGCCCAUCUGUGUCCUUUCAGGGGCUUGGCCCACUCACUGCUGGUGUUCUCAGCUCAUGGCUCAGCCUGGGUCCUCCUCCCUGGGCCCAUCUAGAACCCCAUAAACUCCUAGAUCUCCCUCUGGUGAUGAGCCUUGAACACCAAACCAGGAACCUGGAGGACUGACUUUCAACUCAGGCUCAGGUGGGCAGAAGGUCACAGAAGCGAGGCUGGGAGGGACCACGCUGGCAACCGGGACCUCUGCUGUGCCACCGUGAUGCACAGGCUGACAUGACACCACCCCUAAGGAAGCAGGACCCGGCUGUUUGGUUCUUUGGGGAACAUUGAGAGCAGCCCUCCUGGGCAGGGCCCGUGAGCCGAGGCUGCCUACUCCUCCUGCCUCCCCGUCCUCAAGCCAGCGUUAAAGCCACCACCCCCCAUAUGUUUUCCUCAAAGCAAACAAGCUGGCAUCUAGUGAGAAAGAAAAACAAUGACCCAGGGAAAUGUGGAAACCAAGGACUAGCCCAAGUGUUCUCAGCUCGGCAGAGGCUGGGGGCUUCGGCUGGGGCUGGUGUCUGGGGAGACAAGCUCCUGCGGUGUUGGGAGGCGCACAGUAGGGAAGAGUCAGGCCAGGUGGGGGUCGGGGCACAGCGGUGAGCCUGGAGACCCCAGUGGCUGUCACUCACAAGACGCCCCAGGCAGGCAGGUGGGGAUCCCUGUCCUGCAUCCACAGGACACGAGUGGACAGGGUCUCUCCAACACAGUCCCUGAACCAGGACGGAGGGCGAAUGAACAGCCAGCUUCUGUAGCUGCAGAAAGAGCGCCUACUGUUUCUAACCCUGUUUCCUGCCCUGGGUGGCUACAGGAGCAGGGCCUGCCAGGGGUUCAAGCACCACUUUCUACUUCCAGUUGGAGCCAGGGCAAAAAGGGGAGUCACCCAAAGGCUCAGUGCCACAAAUAGGGGCAUCCCUCCCGGCUGCUCAGGCACAGGACCCUGCAGAUCUCCCACAAGUGUCAGUUAUGCCUCCUUCUAGGUGGACCUCAAACGAGAUAAUGCCCAACAGGGCAAGGGUGACUAAAACCCACCAUGAUGAAACAACAGGGCAGAGCAAGCAGCCCUCUGGGGCCCCACGCUGCCAGCACACCUCGCUUAUCAGUCUCAAACACGCCGCCUGCUGCCAGCCCUUCCUCGUGAGGCGCCUGGGGUUGGAGUAUCAGCUCUGUGAGGAGGAAACAGGGAAGCUUCGGGACCAAGUGGCAGCUGUCUGGCCUGCGGGAUGCCUGCCUGUUGCAAGGCUCCGUGUGCCAGGAGAUGCCACAUAAAGGAAUGCUUCCCAUCCCUCCGGCUCUGCCAGCCUUCUCUGCCCUGAGUGUUUCCCCUGUGCUGACCGCUACUGCAGCCAGGGCGCACCCUCUGAAGGCUCCAAGCAGGGCUGGCUGGGCAGCCUGGGCAGCAGGAGGGCCUGGUGGCAGCUGGGCUACACUCCCUCUUAAGGCCAGAGGGAGCCACCACUUGCUCUGGCAGCCACUCAGGAACCCCUGAGGACCCUGAGAAACCUCCAACCAAGGCACUACUGAGCGUCGGGUUGGGAGGGACUCUGGUUGCCCUGGUUCGCAGGUGGGCACUACCAAGCGUGGGGUUGGGAGGGACUGGUUGCCCUGGUUCGCAGGUGGGAAGUGUGGUUUUGGAAGGAGUUGGGUGAACCUGAGAUAGAAAGACGGGAAAAAUAUGGGAUCACCAGUAGCCCUCCUGGGCUUCCCUGCCUUCCUCCUGCCAAACCUAGGAAGGGAAAGGGGAGGAGAGGUGGCCAGCCUCAGAGCUCCCAUGUUCCCCUCGCCACAGCUGGGAACACUAAGGUUCCCUUAGGAGCAGCGGCUGGGGCACAUGCCACACAGUCACCUGACGGCUGCUGGUUAUAUUGGGCACCAAGUGUCAGGCACUCCUUGGCCUGGCUUUAAAUAGCCCGCUGGGAAGACCGCCUGGGGACCGGCUGGAAUGCGCCUCCUCCUCUUUAGAGAAGAGGACCCCUCAGCUCCCCCACCUGCGCCAUGAAGGUUCAGUCGCGGGCUUACGCUCCAAAUGACAAGAUAUCAACUGCAAAACAAAGGGGGUCCCGGGGUUCCUCUCCAGCUCUCUGGGGGCAGAACAGCCACGUCCAACGGUCCUACUUCUGCUCACUGUGUGACAGGAUACCGUGAGUACCCCUGGGUCAGACCCUGGGGCUGGGUGAGGCUGGCCAUGCCUGGCUGGCAAAUUCAGCUUCCAGUCAGCCCCCUAGGGAAGCCCUGGGCGCAAAGCUAUGACACUGUCCACAGCUGCAGCCUGCUGCUGCUGGGAACUGACACUUUUCCCCGCUGGAGGCCGGGGUCCACCCGGCAUGAGUCUGCAGUUCUCCCACUUUGCAGCCCCUGGAGGAGGCUGGCCAGAGCUUCUCAGCAACAAACCCCACUUUUCCUGCACCAGUAAAUUUAGCCUCAGUCCAACCUUCUUCCUCCCUGUUCUGAGCCCGGCAGAAGCCCCAACAGGAAGCCGGCGCGGCAUGGCUGCCACCGACUUCGUGCAGGAGAUGCGCGCCGUGGGCGAGAGGCUGCUGCUCAAGCUGCAGAGACUGCCCCAGGCUGAGCCCGUGGAGAUCGUGGCCUUCUCAGUCAUCAUCCUUUUCACAGCCACUGUUCUGCUGUUGCUGCUGAUAGCCUGCAGCUGCUGCUGCACUCACAGCUGCUGCCCUGAGCGGAGAGGCAGGAAGGUCCAGGUGCAGCCGACACCACCAUGACGGACGGGCGAUGGCUGAGGAGAAGCUGGAGAGGAGAUGGCCAAUGCCAUGACACAGGCCAUCAGCCUGGUCCUGCAGCCCUUACCCCUCAAGACCAGGCUCCCCUGGCCCCAGCUCUGGCCCAGCCCAGGUACCUGGACACUGACAACUUGAGCCCUACCAAGGAAACAAGGGCUGGUAUAGGUGCAAACCUCUCAUCUGCCAGUGGACACUGGGUGCUGGGGAGUCAGCUGUUUCAAAGAUUGGGUCAACUGCCUGGGCUUCUUCGCCUACCUGCACUUUUUAACAAAACAAGGAAGUAGGGGUCCCCAUACCUUGAUGGAGAACAGUCCCCACCUGUGGGCAAUUGGCCCUUGGGGCUCUGCUGAUACAUGCCAAAGAGGAGCAAGGCAAUCAGAGGGGCUUUGUGCAAUAGCUUCUGCAUCCGAGCUCCCGCCAGAGCGUGAGCAUGUCAGUAUUCUAGUCCAGUAUUUGCCAGUUUCCAAGUAAAAGCUUUUGUGUUAUGUG